GACUUCUCCGAAAGUGAGACCUUCUUCCGCUGUGUGCUAAACAAACGUGUGUCUUCCGGUCCGGAGGUUCGCUGGCGCGGUCCUACCCCCAUUCCGGUUGGCUGUUCUCCUUGCCACCCCGUCUCGGCAGGCUAUGUGACUUUGGUGAUGUAGCUAAAAAGUUCAAGACUCUUCCCAACCGUGUGAUUGAGACGUUGGGGAGGCCUUCAAAGAAGAUAUUCAAUGUUGAUGGAGGACAUAUGGUGAUUCUGCGGAGUGUCGCUAAGAGUGUUUAUAGGAUGAUAUGAUCUCUCGUGUCCAGUGUCGUUUAUUUCAUGCAGCAGUACGACUGCUGAAAAAGACUCCAGCUGAGCAGAGGUGGUUGUCAAGACAGCUGCAGGAUCCAUUUGUGAAAUCUGCUCAGCAACAAAACUAUCGCUGCCGGAGUGCAUUUAAGCUGCUGGAGAUUGAUGCAAAGCAUGGUAUCUUGCAGCCCGGGAUCAGUGUGCUCGACUGUGGUGCAGCACCAGGUGCCUGGAGUCAAGUUGCAGUUAACCGGGUUAAUGCCACUGGUUCUGAUCUGCAGGCUGCAGUAGGUUCAGUGGUGGGAGUUGAUCUUCUGCACAUCCCCUUGCUGGAGGGUGCAGUGUUCCUGUCUCAUUGCGAUCUCCUGGAUCCUAAAGUUAAAGCCAGAAUACAGGAGACCCUGCCAGGGGGAGAGGCUCAGGUUAUUCUCAGUGACGUGGCACCGAAUGCAAGUGGUAUCCGUGAGCUGGACCAGCAACAAUUUGUCGAACUGUUCCUUUGUAUCUUGGGCCUGGCUGAAAGGGUCCUGAGUCCCAGUGGUACUUUGCUUUGUAAAUUCUGGGAUGGAGCAAACACAUUCCUCCUCCAAAAGCAACUUGCCAAAUUGUUUGGAGAGGUGAAGAUUUUAAAACCAUCUGCAAGCAGAAAGGAGUCAUCAGAAAUCUACUUUUUAGCAAGAAGAUUCAGAAGAAGUUGAUGUUACCAACUGAUAAUGCUCCAGGGAGUUUUGAUCGCAGUGUAAUAAUUUGUAGGCUUUAUCACCUAUUUGUAAUUUCUCCAUGUCUGUCCAGCACUCAUACCCAGGUGGAUGGCAAAUAUCCAUUUCUUCAGCACAAUUGACAGUAAUCUGUUCCGAGGUGCUAUGCAAAAAUCUACAAUGUUUUGUUUUAUCAAGAAUAAAAAUAAAUGUUUAGUCAGUCAGUUGAAUAAAAUCUAAGUUAUUGAAAGAAAGAUGUUUGCACAAAUCUUUCCUCAUCUCCUAACACAAUGAAGUGUUUUUAGUAUUGGCUUAUUAUUGUCACAUGUACUGAGAUACAUUGGGGAAAAAAACGAAGUAGUGUCACUUACACAGUUGGAAAGUUCCAGUCAAUUUAAACAUAUUAACAUACAUCAUUUCAAAGUGAAAGUAAUUAUUAAUUUUGAAGCUCCCACAUUAAGCAAAAAGACAAGUAUGAUAAAAAGCUGAAUAUAUGGUACAAAUUGUAUAGGAUUAGCUAUUGAUCAUAGAAUUUUUUUUUAUUGAAUUCAGGGUUUUUCAGCAAUGCAAAAAGUGGAUGUGUGGUCUGCUUUAAGUGUUGGCCAAUACUGAAGUAGUGGCCAGGAUGCUGGGGAGUAAAAUAAUGGCAAAAUACUGACCUUCUAGGAUGGGCAUUGCUGCUAGGUUUCUCUUGCCCAACAAAUAUGA